AUGACGGUUGAUCCUGAUUAUCUGGUGCUGCUUUACACCACAACGUCUGGCGCGAGCGGAGAGCUGCUGGGUUCAGACGAGAAGGAAAUAGUUCAGCUGGUGUGGCAGGUCCUCAAUUUAACCACUAAAGAGACCGGUGCAGUGAAUGAAGUUCUGGUGAAGCCGGAGUGUGUGGAGCUGACGGAUGAGUGCAGAGAUGCGAGCGGCCUCAGUGAGGAGGCCCUUUCAGCUGCAAUUCCUCUAGAACAGGCUCUUAACCAGAUCAACCAAAGCUUGUGCUCAGAACUAGACACUGGUGCUGGAAGUUCCUUUUGCCUUUGUACUGAUGGUCAGCUUCACCUGCGCCAGGUUUUGCAUCCAGAGGCUUCGAGCAAGAACAUAUUGUUGCCUGAAUGUUUCUUCUCCUUUUUUGACCUGCGGAAAGAGUAUAAGAAAUGCUUUCCAUCUGAGGACAAACUCAGUGACUUGGAUCUUAAGGUUAUGGCAGAUUAUUUAAAUGUGGACUCCUCAGUUUGUUCCUUUACAGCACUCAAGGUUCACCAAAUGUCCAGCAUUGCUCUAGCACUUAUUUCUGAGCCUGUCUGUCAUAAAUUUUCCUGCCCUGAAAAAGUGAACGAUAAGUUUGAAACUGGUACCUGCAGCAAGAUGGAGCGGAUUAAUGACAAUACUGUGAUCAGGGCUCGAGGCCUUCCCUGGCAGUCCUCAGAUCAGGAUGUUGCACGUUUCUUCAGGGGUCUCAACAUUGCCAAAGGGGGUGCCGCUCUGUGCCUAAAUGCUCAAGGCAGAAGAAACGGUGAAGCUCUUGUUCGUUUUGACAGUGAAGAACACCGGGAUCUGGCUCUGCAGAGACAUAAACAUCACAUGGGCUGUAGAUACAUUGAGGUUUAUAAAGCAACUGGGGAAGAUUUCUUAAAGAUAGCAGGAGGCACCUCUAAUGAAGUGGCGAAGUUCUUGUCACGAGAAAACCAGGUGAUUGUGCGGAUGCGUGGGUUGCCAUUCACUGCCACGGCUGAACAAGUGCUGCAGUUCUUCUCCCCAUCGUGCCCAGUGACUGAUGGCACAGAGGGCAUCCUCUUUGUACGUUUCCCCGAUGGCAGGCCCACCGGGGAUGCCUUUGUCCUGUUUUCCUGUGAGGAGUAUGCUGAGAACGCACUGAAAAAGCACAAGGAACUUCUGGGCAAGAGAUACAUUGAGCUAUUCAAGAGCACAGCGGCAGAAGUGCAACAGGUUUUGAACAGGUAUUCCUCAGCACCGCUUAUUUCAGUGGCCCCUUCCCCCAUCUUGCCUUUAUUAGCCCAGCCCACAUUUGUGCCAUCAGCAGUUGCCAUAGCUGGAACAAGGGACUGCCUGAGACUAAGGGGUCUGCCAUAUGAUGCCACUGUUCAGGACAUUUUGCUCUUCUUGGGCGAAUACACCGCUGACAUCAAACCACAUGGAGUACAUAUGGUGCUUAAUCAACAGGGCAGACCAUCAGGUGACGCUUUCAUCCAGAUGCGGUCAGUGGAAAGGGCACACAUAGCAGCACAGCGCUGCCACAAGCGCCUCAUGAAGGAGCGCUACGUGGAGGUAUUCGCCUGUUCGGCGCAGGAGAUGAAUGUUGUGCUGAUGGGUGGCUCGCUCUCGAGGAGCGGCCUCUCGCCGCCGCCAUGUAAGUUACGACGUCUCUCUCCUGCAUCAUAUUCUUUUCCUCCUGCGGGGGCGGUGCUUCCUGUGGAGGCAGCAGCUAUUUACCCUUCCCAGUUCCUGUUAAGUCCCCGCCCCUUAGCACCAGCUGCAUUCUACCCAGCUGGCAACCAAAUGUAUGUGAACUACACAGCCUAUUAUCCAAGCCCCCCAGGCUCCCCACCCAAUCUGGGCUACUUUCCGACAAACACUCACUCGGCAGGUACCGUUCUCCCAAACCACCACGCAGCAAUGAUCAGGAUGCAAAGCCACACCUCUUCUCACAGCUAUGCCAGUGGAGUUAAAGAGAUUCUCAGCAUGGUUCAGGCUUAUCAGCCCAGCAACAGUGAAGCCUUGGUCACCCUCCCCUCCCUCCUUUCAACCAAGCAACCUAUUGCAGACCAGAGUCUUGGAGCAGGAGCCUAUCUGGACCUGCAGUUACUAUAGACUGUGUCAGUCAUGAUGACUCUUCCUGUUAUUGUAAACUUAAAAGUUUGGCCCCAAAAAACACAGCAUGUUAU